GAAGGAUCAGCUGCCACCAUCUGUACAGUCCCUUUGCCUCUUUGAGCCUCAGUUUUUUCGCCUGCAAAAUAGGGAUAAUUACACCUGUCUUGCCUACUCCGUGGAGCUAGCCAAUAGGAAAGCAUUCUGAAAACCAAACAUUUCCAUAGUAGAUGAAAGAAUAAAUGCCUAGCUUUCUGAACCCCUAACCUUCCACAGAGAGGGAAGGGAGGGAUCUGGGCGCUUAGGGAGGGCAGGGGAUGGUAUUUUCCAUCCAACUUCUAUCCUAUAAAGGUAACUAGAGAAUUCCUCGCCGCCUUCUUUCCUGUGUUCCUCCUUUUCAGGAUUUUUUUUUCUUUCCACUAACUAACUAUACCACACCCCAUCCAUGUUUAUCACUCUGCUCUCUAUCUUUCCUGCCACUCCUUCAUUACCACUUCUUCCUGCACCCUCGCCCCACUGCACUAGCGCAGCUGCUAGAGGAUCAGUUAAAUUCUCCCCUCCCCCCAACAGCCGGGUUAAUUGUGGCCUCAGGCGCGGUCCCCUUUGGGCCAGUCUGCCAAAACCGUCGGGAGGAGCUGGCCCGUUGGCGGAGACUUGGGGAAGGAAAUCCCGUCCAGUCCGGUUCCAAACAAAGAAAGUUAGUCUUCCCAGGACCUGCAGUCAACCUGCCAAAGCCAGAGCGGAGAUGAGACAGUGGGGGAGAGGCCCGACCAAGGGGAGGCGUGGAAGGGAAGAGAGGGGUGAGGAAGAAAAGGACGUGAACAGGAUGCUGAGGGAAUGGAGUAGGCACCUGUCUCUGGAAGGCCUGCAGAGGCAGGUUUGGGCGAUGCCGAGGUCCCCACCUGGCCAAAAGUCCCUUCACUUCCUCUCCAAGCCAGGGUGAGAGAGUUUGACUGAGGCUGAGCGUCCGUGGUGAAGUAAUGAUUAACCCUCUACGCAGCCAGGCCCUGAGCCAGCAGCCUGACCUGGCUUCGGUGGAGGGAGACAGUGCCGGUGGGCCCUGGAUGUCCCCGGCACUACCCGCCACUGCCACCGCGACGAAGGGGGCUGCGGAGGAAGGGGGCAGGCGGUCGCAAGUGGCGGCCAAAAGGGAACAGAGUGCUAGAAGGGGGGGGGAGCAACUCCAGAUUUGGUUUGCCAGGCAGACCAGGGGGAGCGAAAUAACCGCAGCCAGUGUACAAAGAAAGGAAGGGGCCAAAUCCGGGCGAGGAAGCUCGGCUCCGCAGCACGAAGGAACAGUUGGAGAGGGGCGGGAGAAGCCCGGCGGGCUGAGUUGUCCGGGAGUUGCAAGCAAGCACCAAAUCUAUUUCUCGGAUCCAUCCGCGCAGCCUGCCCUCCCUUCCUCCUCUUCCAGCAGCUGUGCGGUUGUGAGGAGAAGGUGGAGAACGCGCCAGAGCCGGGAGCGGGGCCUCGGACAACUUCCCCCACCCGCUGCAAGUCCCCAGCGCCCAGGCCGGGGCGCCCAGCAAAAGCUGCGAGAAAAAAGUAACGCAGCGAGAACCGCGACCGGGUGCCAGCGGAGGGCGCAUUUCCUGAACCUCCUCCCCGCGGCGACAGAGAGGCGCAACACAGAUUCUGCUAGUUCUAGGGGCCAGGCCCCCCGCACUGGGCUGCCCAGGCCUGCGACUGGGGAGACGAAACGGAAAGAAAAGGAGAAAGCGGGAAGAGGACGGGGGUGGUGCAGAAGAGAAGCAGAGAGGAAUGCAGAAUGGAAAUGUGGACUGGAGGAACGGGAAGGAGUCAGGGUGAAUGGGAGCGUCUCCCCUCUGGUCCGACGAGGACCCUGCGAGGACAAGGGCCGGGAGCGCCCCUCCCCCGGUCUCACUCAUUUCGAGCCCCUGUGCUCUGGCUCCCCCAGGAUGCCAGGCUGGAGAGUGAGAUCCAGCAGGGCCGAUGGAGGCCUCUGUGCGUGUGGGACCCAUGGUGAGGAGAUGAAGGCAUCCCUGCCUGUCAGGGAGCCCCUGGGAUGACAAAUGCCCCGAAAUUUUCCAACCUUUGGGACUUCUGGGGCAAUGGACACCCACUGUUUUCCUUUCUCCUUCUUCCCCUCAUUCCUGCCUGGUCCAGCCACAGAGCUGGACUAGAGGAAAGGCCUCUAGGAAGGAGAUGGGCAGUCCCAUCAAUCCCUACUUGUGCAUGGAGACAGAAUGAAACUGAUACCUAGAUCAGAAUCCUUUGGGCUGAGGAAAUUGGGAAGACAGCAACCAAGCUGGGCCAGUUCCCAGGGCACCAGGCAGUCAAUAAACCUGGGUCAGCUCUGUGAUGGACACUGGGGUUACAGAGGUAAAUCAGACACUGGCUGUGGUUUCAAGGAGGACAUUACCUGGUGGCAAAGAGAGCUAUAAACCAAGGAACUCUGCAAAGUGUCAAUAUACAGGCUGGAAGGGUGACGGGGAUACAGGGAAACACAAUUGAGGAAGUCAGAGAACACUUCCUAAAAGGGGAGGUGUCUUGCAAUAUGAUUGAUGUACACUAAGUGCAGGGGAUAGCUGGCUGACAAAGUCGUAGUCAGAAGGAAAUCAGGAGCAAAGGCCUGGGGAGGGGGCAACAACCCACCUAUUUGGGGAACUGCAAAGGAUUCUUUGAGGCCAAAAGGGGGGUAGGGGGUGAGGCAAGGGAAAUAAGGUUGGGAGGUGGGCAUGGCCUAGCUCAAGAAGCACUUUUGCUAAGGAGUUUUGAUUUGCUCCUUUAGGCCAUAGGAUAUCAUUGAAGGCUUUUAAACAGGGAAGAAAAAAAGAUCUGAUUUGGAGGGGAAAGACCACUCUAGAGGUGUGGACAGUGGGCUGGAGGUAGAGAGAAUAGAAGAGACUGGGAAAACAGUCUCAGCAAGAGAAGUGUGUGUGUGUGUGGGGGGUCUUGAAACAAACAAAAAAAAGCCUGAUGGGCCAGCCGAGUGGC